AUGGUUCUUCUUAUCACCACCCCUCCCAUCCUCUCCGCCAUCGAGGCCCUCCCGACAUCCUCGCGGAAUGAUCUCGACCUCCCCGAGGCCUUGGAUCUCAACGACCCCAUCUCCCAUGCUCAGAUUAUUCAAAUCGCCCGGUAUUUCCGGGCCCAGACUCCGGCAGACACAACCAGAGGCAGGAGUCUAGAUGCCCUUCUCCGCGGAACAAAAGUGUAUAUUCCGCCUCCGCCUAAGAAACCAGAGCCGAGCCCCGAAUACCUCGCCCUCAAAGCACGCCUCCUCGCCGCCGCCGAAACAGACGCCUACAACCGCAUGACCUCCUCCACUCUCACCCCAUUCACCACCAGCCGCAGCGCACCAGCACCGAACUCCAUCUUCACAUCCUCAACACCCACGGUCUCCGCCCUGCAUGACAAAACCAACAACCUAUCCGAUAAGAGAGAAGAUGAGGACCCACUUACCCCAUCCCUCGUCCUGAAUAUAUUCCUCUCGGUCCUGAUCACAGGGUUCAGUGUGUAUUGGGCAUUGAGUAGUUUCCGGACGCCCGAGCUGCUUAUUGAGACUGUUGCGGGGGUUUGGGGCGGAGGGGGAAGGGGAGGAGGGAAGGGGGUGUCGGAGGCGGUUAAGGUGUUGGUGUCGUUGGGGUCGGCGUUGGGGGUGGGAGUGGCGGAGGUGAUGAUCUAUGCGAUUUACUUGAGGAAGAUUGAGCUGGCGAGGGGGAAGGAGAGGAGGAUGAAGGAGAGGAAGGUUGUUGUUGAGAGCGAGAAGGUUGGUGGUACUAAGGGUGAUACUGGUGGUGAUUCUGUUGAUGGUGGGGACAAGGAAGAGAUCUGGGGAAGAGGUGUAAAUGGGGGCUUGAGGAGGAGAGUUAGGGAAAAGUGGGAGGAAAAG